AUGACGAGAGGUAUCAUCGCCCUCCUUCUUCUCCGUUCCGCGCUCGCCCUGGCCACUCCGCCGAAGCUGGAAUCCGGCGGAUGGAAGCCCAUCCUUGGACCCGCGGUGCGCGACAAGGUUGCCAAGCAACCGGUGACAGGAGAAUCUGUGAGACGGACUGCCAGAUCGGACAGUCGUCAUGACGUCCCCGCUUUCUACGUGUGGCUUCCGACGGAACUGUUGGAGAACAUCCAGCCGCAGAGAAACAAUUUGCAGAGACACCGACCGAACUACCUACCUCACCAGAACAUAGCUGACAUUAACAUCGAAGGGCUUCUUCCUCCCGCACCGCGCCAUUUCCACAAUGCGUUUCCCGCGCAUCUUCAACCAAAGACUCCGGUACUCACAGUGCAGGACAACAAUCUACGUGUCGGGUACAACGGGGCUCGCGCUGCGAGACCUCUCGGCAGACCACCUCCCGACUUCCGGGAGCUUCCUAGGCCCAGUCCGGGUCUCAUCGACGACGUUCCUCGCGGAGGCAUCGCACCAAAACCGGAGAAGAUAGAAUUCAGCCAGCCGUUGGACACUCCCGUGCGUGGCGGUGGUUACGGCGCAGACGCAGUGCAAAGCCAGUCUCUCGAACCACAGCAGCCAGGAUCGGUCAGCAAUGAGGACGUGCCGUACCAGCCUGAGGAGCCAACGAAUCCGGAGAACGAGACUGUGCCCAAAGAGCCAGAAACGAGACCACAUCGUCCACAGGGAGGCUAUGGAACUGGGCAGGAUGCCGAGUUGUAUGGAGCUGAGCAGGAUGCCGAGUUGCCAGAUACGCCGACUCCGCCGGACAGUGUGCAGGAGGAAGAAAGCCCCAGUGGAUCGCCAAGUAAGGAAGACGCCGAGCAAGGAAUUGGCCAAAUAGACCCAAGGAGUGCAGCGACAUGCAGUCCAGUGACAUCGGCAGCGGGUGCGGUGACGAACUUGGGAAACCGUUCGUUGAGACAGGUGGCUGAGAGUGUGGGGGCGGGGGAGUUUUUCGAUCGAGUGGAUCUCUCGGAGGAGCUGCUGGAUUCUGCCGUCGGACAAGAAGAGCCGUUCACGCUGUUCCUGAUCUCGGACGCGAACCUGGAUCUCAUCAACCCCGCGCUACUUGACACGUGGCGUUCGGACAAAGAUGCUCUGCGCAAAGCCCUGCAGAACCACGUACUGGCAAACCGUGUGGCGUUGGAGGAACUGGUACGUGGAGGUCCACUGACCACAAAGGCUGGCGCUCUCCUACAUGUUCACUCUCAUCCUCACGGGGUGGUGACGGUAAACGGACAACGACUGGUGCGAGCGGACGUGAGCGGACCCAGGGGAAGCAUCGUCCACGUACUCGGCGGUCCGCUGACUCCCUUGGCGGACCGUGACAUCGGUACCACACUUACGGAAUGUGACAAGUACGAGGGAUUCCUCACCCUCGCUACGGGCACAGGCGUCGUAGACAUCCUGAAAGUACAGGGAAGGCACAGGGAAGAGAUAUGGGAGUCCACAUUGUUUCUACCAAGCAACGAUGCCUUGUCAAAAAUUCCCAAGGAACAGCUGCAGGUGUACCAGAACAACGUCACCGCGCUCAAAGAGUUUCUGAUGUACCACGUCGCCGAAGGUAUCCAUUACAGCCACGACCUCAGGGACGGCCAAUACCUCAGGAGUCGACACAAUGGCCACCCCGUACGCGUCAGUGUCAACUUGGAUGGAUGCAACAGACGUCUAUACGAAGCGAACAACUCACCCCUUUACCGAGCCGACAUUCCAGCGUCGAACGGUGUGAUUCAUGUCAUCGACUGGGUAUUACUACCGGAGGAUCAUAACUGGUGCCACGGAGUGAUUCUACCUUAAGUGUGCCUCACCGAACUGUAAUUUAUGUCGUCCGCAAUUCAU